AUGAAAUUUUGUAGCCUGUUUCUGAAGAAUUUAAGAAAAUUACUAUUAAAUAUCGAUAUGUUUGGAUCUCAAAUUAACUUAUAAAUCAAAAAAGAAAAUGAAUAUCAUACAAUUUUUGGAAUGCUAAUGAGUCUUGGGAUUUUAACACUUAUCUACUAUUCCUUCUUAUCUUUAGUAAUUGAAAUGAUAGAGCGUAAGAGUCCUAAUGUUCUUUAGAAUAUUCAAUAUUAAGCUUUUCCUGAUGAAUACAAACUGGAAUAAGACUCUUUCAUCUUUUACAUAGUUUUGUCCGAUAGUUACGGAAUACCCAUCGUUUAGAAACCUGACUAGCUAGUUUAUACAGCUACAAUGUAAGCUUGUUCAAGAAUCACUGAUUCAGACAACCAAAUUCACAAUAGUUGUAAUAAUUUUACGUUAAAAUCUUGUGCAACAGUGCAAAUAAAUACCUAAAUAUAGGAAUAAUUAAACAUUUCAAAAGCUUUAUUAGGUUCAAGUGUUUGUCUUGAUCCUCAAGAUCUGAAUUCAAUUUCAUUAUCACUCUAGGGCACUCCACAAAGCCCAAUUUUUAAAAGCCUCUAAUUUAAAAUUGAGAAAUGUAACAAUGUAACAUCUGGAGGAAAAUGUGCUUCCCCAGAAUAUAUUGAUAAAAAAUUAACUCAAGGAUACUUGGGGUUUUUUGUUUCAGAUUCAGUUUUGAAUCAGUAGAAAGCCAAUAAUCCUUUUUCUUUAGUAUCAAAACUAAUAAGUAGUUCUAUAUCUUCCUAUCAAUACAAGUCAAUGACUGUGUGGAUGAGAAAAUCAACACUUUAUAAUAAGGAGAACUUUUUUUAUUAUUUUGAGAAUAAUAAAGAAUAUAAAACUUUAUUAUUUGAAAGGCAGUCUGAGUAAGUGUUUAAUAUCCAGUAACCUCAAUUUAUUGACAUUACCUUGUAUCUUGAUGAUAGAGAAGCCGAAUAUUACAGAACCUAUAAUAAUAUAUUAGAUAUUCUUGGCUAAAUGGGUGGGCUAUUAGAAUUAAUGUUAUUUUUGGUAGGAACAAUUGUCAAACCAUUUAACAAACUUUCUUGUGACUUAUUUUUAGCAUCAGAAAUAUUUUACUUUGAAAAAUCUCAUGGUUAAUAAAAGAUCGUUCCUUAAGUGCAAGGUUUAGGGUAAUCUGAAGGACUUGUAAAUUCAAGUUAAUUGGCUUAGUUAAAAAAAUACUUUAAAUUAAAAGCCUAAUAAAUUAAGUUAUAUAUUUAUCAAUAUUUAUUUACGUGUGGGCCUGAUAGACAAUUAAUUUAAUAAAGUAUUGAGUCAAUCUACAACUAAAUCGAUAUUAUCUAUAUUAUUAAUAAAUUAAUCGAAAUUGACAAAUUGAAGAAAAUAUUGUUAAAUGAGGAUUAGCAAAUAUUGUUUAAUUUUAUACACAAGCCAAAAAUCUAAUUAGGAGCCAGAGAAAAAAUGAAAGAGAGUAUUAAUCAAAAUUAAUACGAUUUGAAUAAACUUUCCUUUGAAGAGGAGAUAAUUUAGGCCUUCAAUUCUUAUACUAUGAUUAAAGAAAGCACUCAUAAAAAAUAUUAAAAAAUAAACCAAAGUAUUUUAAGUCUUUUGGAUAAGGAUGUCAAAAUGAUUUUUGAAACAAAUGACAAUCAAAAAGCAUAGAAGUAAACAUCAAUUCUUUAGAUACAAUAAGUUAGUUCAUUUAACGAUUUGAGUCUUUAAGAAAAUAGAGUUGAUAUCUGA